AAAAUGGAAGUAAAUAAUUUUAAUCUGUGUCUGCCAGUCAGUUUACAAAAAAAAAAAAGAUGGCAGAUGCAAAGCAAGGUAAAACCCCUGAGGACUUCUGUAUUGGCUCAUCACAGUCACGCGUGGUCCUUGCGAAGCCUCGACUGGAAUGCUUUGGGUCCUCCAGUUUUGCUUCCAGCUCAAGCAAAAGUUGUAACCCUUUUGGAUCUGUUUUACGUCCAGCUCAACUCUUAUCUGGAAAUAAUCCGUUUCAAAAAGUUCCUGAUUUAGACCAGUCCACUAAAGAGACUGAAGGAUCUCAAGAGAAAACCCAAGAAGUAGAAGCUCCUAAGUUUGUACCCCUUGGCACUGCAAAUGCAACUCCGAGGACAACCACCUCAGUGCCAGCACCUGCUCAACCUGCUAGCACAUCCUCAUCUGGGUUUAUUUUUGGUCAGAAUUUAAGUGAGCGGGUGGUGAUAAAGGAGGCAGUAAAUAAUGGUGAUGCAUCAUUGGAUCAUAGUUCUUCAAAUGGCACGUCUGAAUUAUUGUUCACAAGUGCUGCUGCUUCUGUAAAAGACAAUAGUCAGCCACAGGAGGAAGCAGGGAGCGGUGAAAGCGGCGAGGGACUCGCGGCGGCUGCGGCCGAAUACGAGCGCUCCCACGCGCGUCCUCCGCCUCCCACUUCAUAUUGCACCAUGACUGGAGAGGAGGAUGAGAUAAAUGUGCUGCAGAUAUCAUGUCGCCUGUUCGCGUGGGAGAGUGGCAGCUGGCGAGAGCGCGGGCGCGGCGUGCUACGACUCAACGACGGCACAGCAGGUAGUGCGGGCGCCGCGCGUCUCGUGGCCCGAGUGUCCGGUUCACUACGCGUUGUGCUAAACACCAAACUGUGGCCCGACAUGGUGGUGGAGCGCGCGGGAAACAAGUCCCUUAGGAUCACUGCGGCCGACGCACAACAACAAGUCAAACUGUUUCUGAUCAUGGGAGCUCCAGUAGAUAUCGCACAACUAAACACAGCGUUGAUGUCGCGAAUCUCACUCAGCAAACGAAGUUCAAUAAGCCCCAAGGAUGACGAAAACUCCCAGCGAUCUGCCGAAAGAUUAGAAGCAGCGACGGACGAAAAUGAUUACCUGGAAAAGUCAGUUGAUGACUCCAAUCAAGAAGAUGACCCCAAUUUUGAUGAAGAACAAUCUGUGGACGAUACUAGCAGGCAUGAUGACCAUGAUAAAAGAUUAAAAUGUAUUGAUGAAAAGACUGAUGAUAAUGAUAUUUCUAACGCAAAUGAAGAGCUAACAGAAGGGAAAGAGACAAAAGCAUUAAAACGGAAAGAACCAGUAGAAGACGAAACUUCGCCCAAGAGACAUUGCCAAGACAAUCAGUGAAUGUGAAUUCAGUCUCAGUGUAAAAUUAUGUGAAUUUAACUUGAAAUUUGAACUCCAUUUAAUCGAUUCCUUGCUAAAUUUCUAUAAAUUUAUUAAUGUGAUGAGAGUAGGAAUAUUUAUGAUUAAAUUAUAACUAUGCAACAUGAGUUAGUAUUAAUAGGAUGAUUGAUGUAUUACUUUUUCUUCGUAAUUUGAAAUAUUGAUAACUAUCCCUUCAAUAUGCUGAGCUGUACUCUAACUUCUCAAAGUAAAUUUUCGUAUAAAUUUAUUUAUUAACUGGAAAUCUAAUCUAAUAUCCCGUAAUUUCACUACACGAGUCACCUAUUCAAAAGUACUUUACUAGUAAUUUGAUGGAUUUUAAUAAAUUGUGGCAAUGAAAUGAUUUCUUUAUUUCUGAAUAAAGAAAUUUUAUUUAUUUUAAUAUAAAAAGUGCAGUAAUAGGUCACGCAAAUACACUUGACUGCAGUAGGUCGGGUAGCGUCAUUCGCUUGAAGUUUAUACCGCUCGGCAUUUUGGACAGAUAUUAAGUAUGGAAAGAAUUGCAUAUUAUACAAUUUUACAAUUACAAAUGUUUGGCGUUAAGACAUUCCAAUGACUGUGGAGCGAAUGCACUAAAUAUUUGAUUCGGCCGGAGCUGAAUACCAAAUAAGUAAUAUGUACAUGUGAUUUAUUUUCUCAAAUAUAAACAUUAAAAUGUUCAAUAAA